AUGCCUCAGUACAACGUCACCUUGAAGAGCGGUGCUUCGGCUGAGGAGCUGGAGAAGGCUAAGGAGAUCGCAAAGGAGAAGGGCGGUUCCAUCACGCACGAAUACUCUCUCAUUAAGGGCUUCAUUGUCGAAUACCCAGACGGUCACAUCGAUACUCUCGAGUCCAACGAGCACGUCCACGUCGAGCAGGAUGGUGAAGCGAAGACUCAGGAGGAGUGA